UAUCUCAUUGCUGCCAAUAUUGGCAGUUUCUCGGGACAUACAUAGAAAGUUAUUUUUUGACAGUGGUAGUCCUGAAUUCUUUUCAUUUUCGCCGCACAAAAAAGCUCCAAGUUUUCCUAAAGUCUAUGCAGUAUUCAAGAUCAACAAUUUAUUAAAAGGAAACUUGGAAGGCGCGUAUCGCGCGUGACAUUACGCGGUGAGAAUGGCAGCCAUACAUCGGGAAGCGAUACAAAAGCAAAUUCAACAGGACUGGGCUAAUCGUGAAUACAUAGAAGUUAUCACUGGCAGUAUCAAAAAAAUUACGGAUUUUCUUAAUUCUUUCGAUAUGUCUUGUAGAUCAAGAAUAGCAGUCCUCAAUGAAAAGCUGACGACUCUUGAACGAAGAAUUGAAUAUCUAGAGGCAUGCGUCACAAAAGGUGAAACACUGACAUGAUUUCUCUACAUAAUGCUUGAAUAUAUCCUUUUGCAAUUCUUUUUAUUUAUUGUACUAGAAUCUGAAUAAAUACAGGAUGAAAAUAAAAGAUACAUCUUAUGUAUCUUUUUAUAUCAUCAAUUAUAUGUGUAUAGUAUAA